AUGGAGGGAAUGACUGCCGCAGACCUAGCUGUAGAACUCAGUGCAUUAAAUUUUGCCCAAACAUUUCACAUAAUGCCAAUCUUCCAAGAACGAAGCGAUAAAGUCAGCAUGAGUCUCCGUAGGGUCAGAACAUCCAUUCGUGAUCUCGAAGAGCAAGGCCAAUUGUCCGUUGAAAAGUAUCAACGGGCUUCUCGCCAGAAAAGGCAGAGACUGGAGCCACAUCUUCGUAGAAAGUUGGCAUACGCCGAAGAGGCCCUGGCGGAGCUCAAGAACCUUAAAGCGGAUCUCGAGAUGAAAUUGGCAUGUUCUAUUGCCGUUUGUGAGAUGGUACUAAAGCAUUUGGAGAGUUUGGCGGACAAAGAGUUGGCUAAAGAAAACGCGUGA